AUGAAGAACUCUGCUGCCGCACUCCUCCUCCUCGCCCUGGCGGCGGCCGUCUCGGCGACGUGUAACAAAGAGCCGGUUCUCAACACUAUUGGCACGUGCUCCAAGGAGACCAACCUGUGCACGCUCUCCAAGAACGGCAAGCAGUGGACCAAGUCCUGCGAACCCAAGUGUUCGCGAACCGACUCUGACUGCAUCGACAACAUGUCCGACAAGACUGCGUACUGCCUUUAA